GGGAAAACAAAUUUCAGGUAUCAGUUCACAUGUUUGGGUAUAGCUCGUGUUAGUACACGUGAGGUUCUGCCGUCCUAGACCGCCCUCGCUACCUAUCUCACGGCACAGGCAGGCCUACCUAGUAAUAUGACCACACAUGCGCCUAUCCAUUAGCUCGCGCGACUGUCCAUCAGCUCACGCGAGCUAUGUACACAGGUGACCUCCAACAGAAGCCUGUGGCUGGAUGAGUCAGCGCAUAUCUGCGCUAACCACAAUUGGCAUGCCCUGACACGUGCCAGGCGACAGCAACCUUCUUAACAAAGUGCAAACAGGCUGGGUCUCUAGGCUGCACUCGAACGCGUAACACGUUACCAAGGCUCUUUCAGCCUCCAGAGUUCCGUGAAUCAUGUCGUUUAUAUACUGACUAGGUGUCCUGGUCAACUAUGUUGCCAGGAUAUCCAUCAUUCGUGAGGAAACCAUCGGUUCGACAUAACCAUGGCCUCCAUAGCGAUUCCCGACGGCUUCCUGCCUCCUGACAUGCCGGAAAACGCUUGUUCUCGAAUAAUCGACUUCGCUACGACCCCGCUACCCCAGUACAAGGGCCUCUUUGCGGCUGUGAUUGACAAUUUCCUCACCGAGUCGGAAUGCAACGAGUUGAUCCGUCUUGCAGAGGCUAGCACUCUCUCGGGGGACUCGACGCCGACUUGGGAACGGGCCAUGAUCAAUAUCGGGGGCGGAAUGCAGGCCCUCUCAAUAGACACCCGAAACUGUGGAAGGAUCAUCUUCGAUACGCCUGUCAUUGCUCAAAGAAUAUUGGACCGUCUGACACCUUUCCUGCGAGACAAUGAUAUCGAGACCAUCGAGAAUCGAACAAGGCUAACGGGACUCGCAAAACGCCGGUUUGGCUAUCGCCUUUCGCGGCUCAAUGAACGGCUACGCUUCCUCAAGUACGAAGGGGGCGAAUUCUUCCGUUGCCAUUGCGAUGGCUUUUACGAAACCCCGGACAAAGAGGAGAUCUCUUUUUUAACAGUUCAUAUAUACCUUAACGGCGAGGGGGAGCAAGAUCUUGACGAGCUGAACCGAGAGAAAAUCAAAAUGGCACAAGAGGGUAUAACCAGUGCUGUCAAUCAGGACGCCCAGGACAAACUUCUCGGAGGAGCAACAUCUUUCACUCCACCUUUCGACGAAAACGGGCCAGCCGUCCGCAUUUUUCCCAAGAUGGGCUCUGUUCUGGUGUUCCAACAGUUUGAUCUCUGCCAUUCAGGCGAUCCCGUAUUCCGUGGAGUCAAGUAUACUUUAAGAUCGGACGUUAUGUACCGGAAGUAUCCGCUGCAGCCCGCCGUCGCCGAGUCCAAACUGCCUCGUCCCGGUUUCCGUCUCUUUUCUUGAGAUUAUUCACCCUUUAUACCAUCAGGUUAUCUUAAUGUUUGGCUGGAGGUCUUUUCUACGUAGAUAGUGUAGAUGCCAAACUCCCCACUGAUCAAGGUGGUUACUUUCCUUCCUCUCCAUGUAAGAUAGAAUUUCGGACUCUUAAAUAGACAAUGGUUUUAAUUCGAUA